AUGGCUUCUGUCUUGUCGCUGCCGAUUGAGCAGCAGAGGAAAGUCGCUGCUGUUGUUGGAGCCUGUGUCGCAGAUGCUGCAGCUUUUUUAUUCAUUUCUUUUGUUUUUUACGCACCCCUCUGCAAUUGGAUCUCAAAGAUGGGGAAAUUUUACUCAAAUGACAGGGAAAAGGGGGGGGGAGCCCGGAGUUCGCCGGGGGAAAAUUGCCAAAACCCGUUUUAUAGAAUCGACAAUGGAAAAAAAAAACUUUCUAUGGGGACCAAGGGUCUCAACACAGAUCACUUGAUACAAGUCACAUAUGAGACAUUUGGUCCUGACUCUGAGUAUGAAAACAGGGUGACAAACCAAUAUGUUGUAGGAGAAGAAAAGAUAGAUCUGAAACCUACUCUCCCUAUUCAUGCUCCCUGGCGUCAUGGCUGUGUCAAGGACUUUCUGAAGAAUCUUCAACAAAAUAAAAGCCCGCCAGGCUCCUUAAAUGAUGAUCAAAUAGACUGUGCCAUCAGGAUUAUCCCUGUUGUGGCUCUGUAUGCUGGACACCCAGACCUGCUGGUCAAAGUGGAGGAGGCUCUGAGAGUCCUGCAGGACUGUGACUUACCUGUUGCAGUAGGUUUGGCAAUGGCAAGAGUACUAGAACAAUAUAUAUUGAAUGGAGACCCAGAAGAUGUCCUUACCACUGUUGUAGCUGCUCUUAGUGAUCGCAGUCGCAGCAAUCCCCAGGACCUCGACGUUGCAGUGAAGGGACAGAUUAGACAAGUUAUUCAAGCCAGAAAAUUACCACACACUGAAGCUGUGUCAAAUGUGUUUUUUUUUUUUCAUCCAGAUUUGCCUGAAGCAAUGCAGUCAACCCUGCAUGGCUUGAUCACAGCGACCGGCUACGUUGAUGGCAUUCGCUCCACCAUAAAGGCUGGAGGGUGUAACGCCUCGCGUAGUGGUUUUAUCGGUGCUUGUAUGGCUGCAAAGGGUCUUGACGCUAUACCAGAGAGAUGGAAGACUAGGACCUUGAGAUAUGAAGAAGUUCUUAACCUGGCCCUCCGACUUCUUCACAUCAAAGUUUAG